AUGCAAGUCCCUUUUGUGAACCAGGUCUUUGACAAGGACGACGCCAAGGGCUCAAGCCUCCGUCUUUCGGAGUUCCUGUUCCCCGAUGCCUUGCAGGUUGAGGAGAGACUCGAGGUUAAGCCCUUGACGCAGGGAACUACGAAUGGACUUUACAAGGUGACGUAUCGGCCCGUUGAUGCCGGUGAUGCAUCAGCUCAUGAUGCAGUCUUGGUCAAGGUCUAUGGAGACGGGACGGAUAUCACCAUUGAUCGCAAUAAGGAGCUCAAAGUACACCAGCUCCUUGCAGAGAACAAGCUCUCCUCGUCUCCCCUGGUCCGGUUCGCCAAUGGCCACGCCUACCAGUUCAUCCACGGGAGAACAUGCUCCGUCUCUGACAUGGCAAACCCGGUCAUCUAUCGCGGAGUCGCGAGAGAACUUGCUCGGUGGCACGCGACACUCCCAAUCGUCGAGCCCAAGGAUCCACAGAAGGGUCUUGAGCAUGAGCCCAGCGUUUGGGCAACGGCAAAGAAGUGGCUUGACGCUAUCCCGAGUCAACCGAAGCGGUCCAAGGCGGACAAGGCCCUGCUCCGCGAACAGUUUCACUACGUUACCGGAAAGUUGCUCCUAAAUGACGACAAACCUGAACCUUUGGUGCUCGGACAUGGCGAUCUCUUGUGCGGCAACAUCAUCGUCCAGGAUCUGACCGAACCCACUGAGGCUGCAUCUGUCCGAUUCAUCGACUAUGAACAUGCUACCUACUGUCCAAGGGCAUUCGAGCUGGCCAACCACUUUGCAGAAUGGACAGGCUUCGAAUGCGACUAUUCUCUCCUGCCGACAAGGUUAACCCGGCGAGACUUCAUCCAUGAAUAUCUCGCCGAAAUCGCUCGGCUGCAGCAAGACGGGGAUCAUGCAGAUAUCCCGGGUCUUUGCGCCCUCAUCCAGGCUGAGACAUCGACCGGGGCUAUCGACUUUGACUAUGCCGGAUACGCCGAGAAGCGGCUCGCAGAGUAUUGGGACUGGCGCAGGGUGCAUGACGGAAAUGUUGACGCAGAUGAGGGCAUUUCCCAGAGGGAGGAGAGAUGGGCAGCUCCUUGA